AUGAACUCCACCUUGGAUGGUAAUCAGAGCAGCCACCCUUUUUGUCUCUUGGCAUUUGGCUACUUGGAAACCGUCAGUUUUUGCCUUUUGGAAGUGCUGAUUAUUGUCUUUCUAACUGUACUGAUUAUUUUUGGCAACAUCAUUGUGAUUUUUGUAUUUCACUGUGCACCUUUGUUGAACCAUCACACUACAAGUUAUUUUAUCCAGACAAUGGCAUAUGCUGACCUCUUGGUGGGGGUAAGCUGCUUGGUCCCUUCUUUAUCACUCCUUCACUAUUCCCUUCCAUUAGAGGAGUCCUUGACUUGCCAGAUAUUUGGUUUUGCAGUAUCAGUUCUGAAGAGUGUCUCAAUGACCUCUUUGGCCUGUAUCAGCAUUGAUAGAUACAUUGCCAUCACUAAGCCUUUAACGUACAAUACACUGGUUACACCCUGGAGACUACGCCUGUGUAUUUUCCUGAUUUGGCUAUACUCCACCCUCGUCUUCCUGCCUUCCUUUUUCCACUGGGGCAAACCUGGAUAUCAUGGAGAUGUCUUUCAGUGGUGUGCGGAGUCCUGGCAUACAGACCCAUACUUCACUUUGUUCAUCGUGAUAAUGUUAUAUGCCCCAGCAGCCCUCACUGUGUGCUUCACAUAUUUCAACAUCUUCCGCAUCUGCCAACAGCAUACAAAGGAAAUCAGCGAAAGGCAAGCCCGCUUCAGCAGCCAGAGUGGGGAGACUGGGGAAGAACAGGCCUGUCCUGAUAAGCGUUAUGCCAUGGUCCUGUUCCGCAUCACUAGUGUAUUUUAUGUCCUCUGGUUGCCCUAUAUUAUCUACUUCUUAUUGGAGAGUUCCACUGGCCACAGCAACCGCUUUGCAUCCUUCUUGACUACCUGGCUUGCUAUUAGUAACAGUUUCUGCAACUGUGUCAUUUAUAGUCUCUCCAACAGUGUCUUCCAAAGAGGACUAAAACGCCUAUCAGGGGCUGUGUGUACUUCUUGUGCAAGUCAGACUACUUCCAAGGACCCUUAUACAGUUAGGAGCAAAAGCCCCCUUAAUGGAUGUCAUGUCUGAAAUGAUUCAGACACUAGCUCACUAGGAAAUUGGGGACAGAAUAAUUUGACUAAGCAACAGCAAACAAAUGGUCUAUCCAAAUACCUUUUAAGUUUGCAUGAAUUUUUUUCCUCAGUGUGAUUUUGAAUCAGAAGAAUCAGGAUCAUGAGAAUAAAUUUCUCUUUUUCCAGUUUUUGAAAUGUCAUGGAAAUGACUACAUUUCUCAGAUUUAAAAGGAAUAAAGCCAUACCUAACACCUCUCUCCAGCUGGCGUGACUGAACCUGGGUGUGAAAAGCGUCAGCAUUUUGAAAGUCGUCAUUCUCUUGUCACUUUUCUAGUUUCUUUUCAGCCAUUGGACUUCAUGUGCAAUUGGUACUUUCAACAGGGAAUAUUAAAGUAUACUGAUGAAUUAACAGGGUUUUAAUUUUUUAUCUGAACACUGCAAGUUUCAUCCCUGUCGUUUAGAUAGCCAAAUGUUUUUCAUUUUAUUCUCUUGAGAGAACUCUAAGUAGAGUGAAUAAUGUGAACAUUUAAACAUUACUUUUAGUAUUUUGCAAUGACCAUGGAAGCAAAAGUGCAAUCAAGUUAUAUAGUUUAUGAAAAACUGAGCUUUUUUUUGUGCCAUGCUUCACAGAGAUCUUGAUAAGUAUGCAUAGAAGUAAUUGUUGCAAUAUUUUUGCCCAGGUGUUUGUGUAUAUUAAUAUUUGAAAAGAGUUAGAUUUCUCUUUCUUGGCAAAAUGUAUUUCAGUGAGAUAAAAUUAAUUGCAAGCCAUCUACUAGCUAUCAGUUUAUAAUGGUGACAAUACAUAAGAAUGUGACUUUAGUGUUUUCUGUUCUUUUUAUCCAGAGACUUUUGAAAUAUUAGAACAGUAAGCAGAAGUAACCGAGUCAUAAUAUAUUGUUGACUGGAGAUAGGGCUCAGUGGUAGAUUACAUGGUCAGUGUAUCCAAAGUCCUGGGUUUGGUAUCCAGCCCAGGGAGUGGGGUAAAUAUGUGUGUGUACACACACUGUAAUAUAGUCAUUUUUAAAAUGGAGUUCAUUAACAUGUUUUCUUUGUGGUUAAACACACUCUACUAAUAAAGUGAA